CAAAGCCUUGACGGCUCAUCUUUCAGGUCCACAAUCACGUCGUCCACGGGGUGUUUUUGUGGAUUCCUAUCAUCCACGAUGGCGCUAGCUCUCCGCGGCCUGCGGUCCUGCGUUGCUGGGCGGGUCAUCCGCCAGGCGCUGAGCCCACGCGUGGCCCCUGCCCCUCUGACCUCAAUUCGCGUUCGCUCGCUCUCGACGAAAGCGAGCGCUGAGGUGCUCGCAUACACCUCUGUGGAGAAGGGCGAGAGGGACACGCUGGACUACCGCAUGUUCUUCAAGCAAGGUGCCAAGGAGGUAUCGUGCUGGCACGAGAUCCCCUUGCAUGCUGGAAAUGGUCUCCUGCAUUAUAUCUGCGAGAUUCCUAAGGAGACCUCCGCCAAGAUGGAGGUUGCUACGGACGAGCCCUGCACUCCCAUCAAGCAGGACGUGAAGAAGGGUAAGCUCCGCUUCUACCCGUACAACAUCAACUGGAACUACGGCAUGCUCCCGCAGACGUGGGAAGACCCUGGCGUGAAGAACCCUGAGCUGCAGGCUGCGGGCGAUAACGACCCUGUCGACGUUGUCGAGAUUGGCUCGGCGGCCGCCAAGCGUGGCGGCGUUUACAAGGUUAAGCCCCUGGGCGUCCUGGCCAUGAUUGAUGAUGGCGAGCUGGACUGGAAGGUCAUUGCCAUCGCAGCUGAUGACGCUAAGGCUGACCUCGUCAACGAUGUUGAGGACGUUGAGAAGCACUUCCCGGGCGAGCUCCAAAAGGUGCUUGAGUGGUUCCGUGACUACAAGAUUCCUGACGGCAAGCCGGCCAACAAGUUCGGAUACGACAACAAGUGCAUGAACAAGGAGUUCACGCUGCACGUCAUCCAGGAAACGCACGAGGCGUACGUGAAGUUGAAGUCGGGCGCACGGGCUAACACUGAGGAGCUGUCGCUGAUUUAAGCAAUUUCGAAUAGGGAUGGUGAUUUCAUGGCUUAUGUACAGUGCGCGCCGGUGCCGUGUACGAUGCGACGCCGAGAUGUGUAGCCUCUCCCGCAAUUUGCAUGGUGCUUACAAAUUGCAGGGCGGCGGCGGUGUGCAAUAUAGGCGUGCUUUGAUGAAUGAGGAUUUGCUUUCUGUUCACUGUGCCGUUCUUUUGUUGCGAUCCUUUCGGUUCGCGGUGGAGGAGUUUUGACCGGCGCCUUGUCCAGAAACUAGUACUUAGUGGGGACGGACCAGGGUCAACCGACGAUGGCCUUGUCGUCAUGCUCGUCUGAAAUGCGUCUCUGCUGGCAGGGAUUGUCUUGUUGCGAAACUUAGGAAGCAGCCACGCGGGACACGGCCAGGGUCGGCCACGGGUUAUGGGGAUUUUGGUGGCCAGUUUGCGAUAAGUCCGCUUCGCAUGAGGCCAUAGUUGUGCCCCUGGCACUGAGCCUGGUGUGGAUGCCGGUUAAGAAAUAUGCUGCUAAGCAUUUACGCGUGGACAGGGAUGAAGUUAGCAGUGGUUCCGUACUAAGCGAAUAGUGCUACCAUGCAAGACUGAUCCGCGACUGAUUUUUGAGUGCAGGACAGCUCAAAACGUACACAUGUGCCAGCACCAAGCACACUGGGAGAGUUCCUGCCUACCAAUGUUCAGACGAAAUUGUUCUCCAGUGCAUCCUUUUGAACAUUGCCGAGUAAUGCCACCCUUACUAUCUAUAGAGGAGAGCAAACGUCAUGGAUAACGUGGCGUCCUUUUAAAGGAAUAUGCUAGGAGGCAAAGAAGAGGGUGCACAGCGAACUUCGCGGUUAAAACUCAACAUUCUACGUCACUUCCCAAACGUGAAUUGCUAAUAUCGUAAGACACCCCGGUUGACUGUUAUCAGAGCUAACUUGUGCCAGUACCUUGCGUAUAAAUGUCCACUGAAAUUAUGUAUGCGAUGAUCACAAGAAAGUGCUCCUGAGAUACCACAUAAUAAUGCGUUAUCGCGUGGAAGCUAAGCGUGUUAUGUUGCCUGGAUCCGGCAAUUGGCUUUCGUAAUACGACAUAUGUGUUUGUUUAAGAACAACUGUAACAAAACGCAAGAU